UCUAAACAUAAUGAGCUGCCAGGGCCGGAAGGCAGGCAGUUUAGGCAGAGAGACACUGAGAAGAACGCUUGGAGAGAUUGAGAGGAGGCACAAAAUAAAGAAAAAGAGAGAAAAGUAAGACAAAAGGGAAACAAAUCACCAACAGCGCAACAAAAUGGAUCCCAACAAGAUGCCAAGCGCCCCACCACCAGGCUGGAACCCAGAUGAGAAGUCUGGGAUAGGACAACCAGCUCCUCCACCCUACCAGGACCACCCCCAGUACCCCAACGCAGGAUACCCUGCACCAGCAGGCUACCAGCAGGCUACCAAUCCCCAGGGCUAUGCACUACCGUCCCAGUAUGGAGGAGCUCCCGGGGCCCCUUACGGCCAGACAUACCCCCAGGGACAGUUCCCCCCAGGACAGUACACCCAGUCCACCGUCACAGUUCAGCCUACGGUGUUUGUGACCCAGGGAGCUCUGCCUUUCCCUCUGCCAGACUACCUGGGCUACUCUAUCUUCACCAUGCUGUGCUGCUGCCUGCCACUUGGCAUCGCUGCACUUAUCUACUCCAUCUCGACUCGAGACGCCAACAACCAGGGUCACCAGCAGAUUGCUGAGAGGAGUUCUCGUCUAGCACGGAUACUGAACCACGCUGCCCUGGGUAUCGGCAUCACCAUCAUCAUCCUGUACAUCGUCUACACCAUCAUCCUGGCCAAACGUCACUGAUUUGACACCUCAACACCGGCUAACACCACAGCCUCCGCUUCUCUCAAUCCCAACCCCCAAAAUCAUCCUGACCUUCACCAUCUACAAUAUGUGCCAGUGACAGGCACUUUCCAAAGAGAUACAUCCCACUGGGCACACACCGGUUGAAUCAACAUUGUUUCCACGUCAUUUCAAUGAAAUGAUGUGGAACCAACGUGGAAUAGACGUUGAAUUGACGCCUGUGCCCUGUGGGAUAUAUCAUAAUGCUGUUUAUUCAUCAAUGUUUAUGACAUGCUUUUUUUAAAACUAUACAUCUAAUGAAUUACUUUUUAAAAUACCUGCAGACCGGACAGUUUAAAUCAUUCAUUCUUUUGCCUGUUUAAUUUUUAUAUACAUAAAUAAACACCAAAUUACAGAUACUAAUUGUAUUUUGGAAUAUUUCUAAUAAAUGUCUGAAGGAUAGUGUAUGUGUAUUCAGUGUGUAUGGAUAAGUCAUAGAGUUUAGAGACAGAUUUGACAAUGUUAUGAGAAUGCAUCAGAAAGAGCCUAUUCUUAAAGUUUGAGAGGACUUAGAGUAACCAUUUUACAACUCAAUGUCAAAUAUUAACUUAUUUUUACACAAAUGUAUCAAUUUGCUAAAUUCACUGUUGUGUGCUGUCAGCAAUGGCACAAGCAAAACUCAACUCAACUUAUUUUGGACAACCGUGGAGACUAAGGCCUGGAUUCAACCUGUAGUGCAGAAGAUCCGCUGUAUAGCACAAUCAAAAUUUAAAGGUAAUUUCCGAUUGAGUUGACAUAUGCAGCGUUUUCCGUGAAUGCAGUCUCUGCGAACGCAGGAACAUUGCCUUCCACGCUACGGAUUGAAUCUAGCUCUAGAUGUCAAAAGACAUUUCAGUGCUGUUCCAGUUUGGCCUUACAGUUGAUUCAUUUGGUGAAAUGUUCACACUAUUCCAUGUCAUUUAUAGUCACAUAUUGUCAGAUUAUGUAUAACACUGUAUAUGUUAGAUAUAUUUUAUUUUAGUAUAUAUUCAGUGUUGCACAACUCUUCUAUUUACCAAGGGGUUGUACUUUAUCCUUCUCUAAAGUGUGUAGUUGCUUUUUUUUUAAAACUAUACAUCUAAUGAAUUACUUUUUUAAAUACCUACAGACCGGAUAGUUUAAACCAUUCAUUAUUUUGCCUGUUUAAUUUUAAUUUUAAUAUACAUAAACACCAAAUUAUGCAUACUAAUUGUAUUUUGGAAUAUUUCUAAUAAAUGUCUGAAGGAUA